GCUGUGUCUACCUGGACUCUCUAAACACACAGGAGACGGGAUUUAACACCAAAAAAAUGGCGUUAUAGUUGGAUAUUACUGCGCUUUUCAUCGAUAUCGACUUAAAAGUGAAGUUAUGAGCCACGCUCCCCGUUCAAACCGGGGACACCGGGAGAGAAAUGGAGACCACCGGCAGCACCGAGACGAUGACAGACGAACAACACCAGACAGGUCUUCCUCUCGACCUCCGUACUACCCCAGAGAGUCCGACUACCCUCCCCAACAUGAGCGGGAGGUCCCACGAGUGGAGCACCAUGACUCCAAAUGCACAAACAUAUGCUCCAGGAGAGGCAUCGUUCUGAUCUGCUCCGUCCUGACCAACUGCUUGGUCCUCAUCUGCUUGGUCGCAGCUCAGAUGGUGACGUCGGGCAUGUCGUCCAUGGCCGGGGUGGGCGGCUUCAACAUCAACUCCAACUUUAACCUGCAGGGCACCGAGCUGCAGCAGGUACGAGACCUGGACAUGCAGUACAGCCAGAUGAGAGCACCGGGCCUGUACGGUGGUCUUCCCUUUAGCCUGGCCUUUGGGGUCAUCUCACUGCUGUUCGUGGUCGCUGGGAACAAACCCCCUCACCGGAUGUCCCGGAAACUUCUGGUGGGAGCCCUGGUGUUCCAGGCGGUGGGCGCGGUGGGGUACGUGGUUGCCGUCGGCCUCUACCUGCACUUCGUCAUCAGGGUGAACGCCACAGAUGUGUGUAAGCGGCGCGAGCGUCUGUACGCACGUAACGGAUACACCUGGAUGAACUGCGACGUCAGCGGGGCGGACGCAGCCGUGGCUCUGUUCGGCCUCAUCACUGCCAUCCUGUACGCCGUGGGGACGGUCCUCACCAUCAACACCAUCCGCAGGGUGAAGCGCUACCUGCAGGAGCGGAAACAGAGAGAGGCGGAGAGACACCAGCCCCGAUCCCAACCACAGAGAGCCCCUCUGAGGGCCGAUACCACGUCUGUGUGAGCAGGACUGAGGUGGAUGGACUGAGAGACAGUGCGGACUACAAGACUGUCACCAUGAUUUACCUUUUAACAGAUCUGAGACUAAAAAGUUUACAGUUUCUAAAGUCUGCCUUAAAAUAAUAAGCUGCCUUUAUGAAACAUGUUCUUCUUGCUGUAAUCAUCCCUCCUCCUCACACUGGACAUUAGAAGUGACACAAACACUGAGACAAGAUCCACAGUCAUUGGUUUGUGCAAAAAAUUGUCCAAAACUUUAUCUGAAGAUAAUAUGAAGAUUCAUAAGUGUGCGUCAUGUCAGAUAAUGUGGGUAUCAUCUUGUACAAAAUUCCCUCUAUGAUGUUGGGAUGGUAACAAAAGGAGAAGCCCAAUUGGAAGAUACCAACUGAUUACCUCAGACGGCUGAAGCUUCAUUUUAUCUUUAAAUAAACUUUCAUCACUUACAUUGAAAGCUGCAUGAACAAGAGGAAUUUUUACUAAAGCAGGAACAAUGUGUUGGAGAUCAUUUAGGCUCCUGACUGUUGUUUUAAGACAGUAGUUGAGUAGUUUAAAGCUACUUAAAUAUUUUAAACAUGUUCUUAAUUUUUUAUUUUCAUUGUAGCCAAAACAGGAGGCAGCAGGUCUGUGCAGGGAGGGUGGAAAUCUCACUACAAUAAUUAAGUUUAUCACAACACAAACUACUACCAAACACUGUGGGUUGCUUUUUACAGCAUUCUGUAGAAUAAAUGUUCAUAUUAUAUUAUAAUUCAUAUUACUCUAUUUCUCUACUACAACCUGAUUUGUGGCUUGUGUAAAUCUCAUUUUUGCUGCAUGUGUCUGAAACUGAAAGCAUCAAAAUCUGGUACUCGCAGCCCCACAACAGCUUCUUACUCGAUCAGUUAUUAGAGUCUUGAACCUCUAAGUGGAAUAUUCUUGUAAUGAAAGUCUGAUUUAAGCAACUCAGCAAGUCUGAGAUGUUUAAAGUCUUGUCGCCUGCACUCUUUUUGAGUCUUUUUUAAAAUUAAUCUUAAAGUGUUUCUAUAUUGGACUAUGUGAUUGUGUGGCUUUGUGCACUGUGACAGGGAUUUUUUUAUCAUUGUUUAAAACUUGUACACUGGAAUUAAUGUUUUUAUAUAUCAGAGUUUGACUUUAUAAUGAAAUGUUUUUGAUAUUGCAGCUAAACUGUACAACUCCUCUAAAUAAACCUCC